AUUUCCCUCCAACUUAUAAUUCACCAAAAAAAUGAGUAUGUUAAAAAUAUAAAACCCUACGCUAUAACUUCACACAAACGGUCGAAUAGGGAACCAAAUGCUCUCCACCAUCGAAUAGCACUGACACACCAUCGAAGCAGACAAAGUCGUCGUUUGCUCGGAAGGGCAACCACCGGCAAGGGGCAAGGAAGGGCAACGACCGGCGAGGAAUUGUCAACCUAAAGAUUUUAUGGUUUCAAGAAUGGCUGUACUAAAAGAAUGAAAUAGACCACCAUGGGUAGGUCUUGCUGCUGCUAUUUAGACUUAUUGGUGGCAGUAGCCAAUUCCAGCGCACUGCAAUAUACUACCUACCAAAGUAAGCACUUCCGGGAGGCAAUUUUCAUAUAUCAGAGGGUGGAGGAAAAUGAGCAAAUAUUGAUAUCGUCCACUUUACGAAGCUCAUCGGAAUCAACAUCUUCCCAGACUCUUGCACCUAUUAAAGAUGAGGUGAAGACUUUCCUUGUGGAAGGACAAAUAUCACUUCCUGAUCGUCCCCAGUUCUUUUACUUACUCGCUUGCUCACAUUGCAAUCACUUUGUGCCACUUUGAGGUUAACAUUACAGACACCAGUGAUACAAUUACCACAAUAGUGUUGAAAAUGGUGGCAGAGACAAUAUUAUCCCUCACUGGCAAACAAAUAUACCAAAAUGUUGCUACCCAGACAAAACCAUUGUCUAUUGUACGUACAAAUCAACAUCUUGCUCAUAAACUGUUUAGACUCCAUCUACAAAAGCCAAGCUACGGAUUUCCCGACCAAACACCUGGUAUGUUGGCUGUUACAUCCUUCACUAAAGCAGAAAACCCAGAUUUUCAAACAUUAUCACCACCAAUUUCUCCUAGAGAAACAGACAAGAAGCAAAAAGUCGAACCAUGCACUCCAGCAAAAAAGGCUUAAAGGUAACAAUACUUGCAGCAAUUUAUUUGCUAUUGUAACACACCUCCAUUUUAACUUCUUGCAUGGAACACUUCCAUUACGAGACAUCUUCAGUAUAACUCUCGACUAAAAAAAAAGUACCCUUUUGAUCUAUUAAUAGUCAAUUUUAUCUAUAACAUCUCAAUGACUUACUUGUGAUGAUCAUUAAUGAUAUGGUACAAAUAUCAGUUCAUCAACUACUUUGAAGUUUGCUAUUCGGGCAAAAUUUCUUUCCUCUAUGUUUUAUCUCUGACAUUUAUAACAUGUCAACCACAACAUGCGGGUAAAUAUACUACUCACGCUUUCCUUCAUAGAUUCUUUCUACUCACUACAAUCACAAUUGAUUUCCCUCUACCUUUUGUAGCCUCUUUGUCUGAAUGGGUAAAUAGAACAAUCCUACAGCCCUUCAUUACUACCACCUUUUACUACAGCAUCGUAUUAGAAAAAUAAAAUAUUGUAUUUUUUCUUCGCCUAAUUAAAUUAUCUCUAUAGGUAAAAACUGCCCAAAGUUAGCUGCAGCCAAGUUUGCCUACCUCCACCAACGUCUUGUAUUUUAAUAGUUUUUGUAUAAAUAGCUUGUACAGGAAAAUAGUAUCAACUAUCACUUUGAAGUAACUAAUGAUAUAGUCACAACUUAAUGUGAUAGACCUACAUAUCAAUAGUUUUUAUAUAAAUAGCUUGCACAGAAAAGUAGUAUCAACUUUCUCUUAAUGUUAUGUAUCUAUUUCUUUCUCGAUAUUUAUUACUGCAAUCUCCUAUUAACUUGCAACAAGAAGGAAAGAUGGAAGGGUAGAUGGAUAUCUAUUUCCUUCCCUGAAUUUACUUCAAUUUAUUAUUAUGAUACUUUCUCUAAAAUUUGAUACAAUUCUGAUAGCGACAUAUAAAAUGCAUGAUUACAAAUAAUAGCAAUGGAAUAUUAUUGGGCCCACGGUAGCGGGGGCUUCUACAUCUAGUUUUAGUAGAUGUACUUGUGCACCUUUUGCCUGUGGACCCCAAAGAAGGUAAAUGUAACCCUUUUCCCUACAAAUUUCCUUCUUUUACUGCACCUAUUUUUUCUAUCUUCUAUUUGCAUUUGGCAAUCCAUACAAUCAAAGCUCAGCACCCAUGCAAUCUGAGCAUUGUAUUAUUUAAUGUUUAAUUAUUAGCUUAUUUAGUGAUCUAAUGUGUCUGUAUCAAUUAGAUUUAUGUCCUGCUUAUUUUUCAUUGGUGACUUUCUUCAGAAACUAAUUCAUGAUCUCCCACAUCAUUUGAAAUUUAUACUUCUUGCCUUUUGUACUAGCAAGAAUUAACUUUAUAUAUAAGAUGUCCUUGAUUCUACGUUGUUAUAUAAAAUAUAAAUUUGAGUAAUUUUCAAUCUUGUUGAUUUCUCAUCUUUGUUUAUCUA